ACUAAGCCAUUCUCUUUCUGACUGCGAUAGUCAGCAUUCCUAGCGAAACUAGGGAAAUGUUUUAUUAAUGUUGUCCCUUUUAUUUCUGUGCUCAGUUAGAGAUUUACUCCCACCUUGUGUGUUUUUGUAUUUAUGCGGAGUUUACAACACCUUGCCUGAUUUUCCACAAUGCAUCUCACGACAGAAGAAACAAUAGAGCUUGGACUCAAUGACCAGGGGACAGACAAUCCUGCAUUUGGGGACAAAGACGACGAACAGCCACAGCUGACAGCUGAUCCUGGGGAGUCUCACACAGAGGAAACCCUAGAAGAGACAACAGGAAAAAAAAUAGAUUUAGUUUACUCCCUUAAUGACAGGCCACCAUGGUACCUCUGCAUUUUGCUUGGCUUCCAGCAUUACAUUCUUGCUUUCGGUGGCAUCAUUGCAGUUCCACUGAUCUUGGCUGAACCGCUCUGUAUAAAGGACAACAACAUUGCUAAAAGUCAGCUGAUCUCCACCAUAUUCUUUGUGUCAGGAUUGUGUACGCUGCUGCAGACGACUGUUGGAAACAGGUUACCAAUCCUCCAGGGUGGCACAUUCAGUUUCAUCACACCAACCCUGGCAAUUCUUGCAUUACCCAAGUGGCAGUGUCCUGUGCCAAAUGCACCUGUGAAACCAUUGGUGCAGUUUCAUAAUGGCACCAGUCCGCUACAAAUGGAAAAUUCAGAUGAGGUCUGGAUGACAAGAAUGCGUGAGAUCCAGGGAGCCAUUCUGGUAUCCUCUCUCCUUCAGCUCACACUAGGCUUAUCUGGGCUGGUGGGCCUUGUGCUAAGAUAUAUUGGUCCUCUGGCUAUCGCUCCCACCAUCAAUCUCAUUGGUCUGUCACUGUUUACUGAGGCUGGAAAGAAGUCUGGAGGCCACUGGGGAAUAGCUGCUCUCACAGUGGGUCUGAUUCUACUGUUCUCCCAAUAUCUCAGCAACGUUGAUGUUCCAAUGGUUUCUUACAAGAAUAAAAAAUGGAUGGUGUUCCAGUAUCCACUCUUCAAGCUGUUCUCUGUUUUGUUUGGCAUGUGUGGUGGCUGGCUUAUCUGUUUCUUGCUGACCAUUUUUGAUGUCCUGCCUUCAAAGUCUGAUAAGUAUGGCUUCUCAGCCAGAACCGACAUAAACCUGGAUGCUGUUACAAACUCUCCAUGGUUCCAUGUGCCUUAUCCUGGCCAAUGGGGUGUGCCCACAGUGAGUUUGUCAUCAGUGCUGGGUAUGAUGGCCGGGGUCUUGGCAUCGACCAUGGAAUCUAUUGGUGACUACUAUGCUUGUGCUCGCUUGUCUGGUGCCCCUCCACCACCCAUACACGCUGUCAACCGAGGCAUCGCCGUAGAAGGUAUUGGCUGCAUACUUGCUGCUCUGUGGGGAACUGGAAAUGGCACCACUUCCUACAGCCAAAACAUUGCUGCACUGGGCAUUACAAAGGUUGGUAGCAGGCUGGUCCUCCAGACAACUGGAAUUCUGAUGAUCAUCCUCGGAAUCUUUGGAAAGUUUGGAGCAAUUUUUAUCACUAUCCCAGAUCCAGUCAUUGGGGGCAUGUUCCUUAUUAUGUUUGGAAUGAUUGCAGCAGUUGGGAUAUCCAACCUCCAGUAUGUGGAUCUUAACUCUUCACGUAACCUCGUCAUCCUGGGCUUUUCAACCUUCAGCGGUCUGGUUCUACCCACCUGGUUUCAAUCCAAUCCUGGCAUCAUUGACACUGGAAUAAAAGAGCUGGACCAAUUGAUUGUAGUGCUUUUUACCACACAUAUGUUCAUCGGUGGAUUUUUUGGAUUCAUACUGGAUAACACCAUUCCAGGUACUGACAAAGAGAGAGGUAUCAAGAGCUGGCAGGACAAGGUGCAAGAUGGAAGCAAAAACAUGCAUGACCAGUCAUGCUAUGAUAUACCUUUCUGCAACAAGGUUUUGAAAAGGUUUAGAUGUUUCCAGUGCCUCCCCUUCCUCCCUUCUUACAACACCACCCAGUAGGAGGCAACCAUGUAAUGAUGUGGUAGCUCAGUGUGCAACAUUAAUGUUGGCCUGUUAGCCCCAUUAGAACAAAGAAGUCUUAAUUGGAUGGAAUAUUCUCAAUGACAAAAUAAGUGUACAUGACACUUACCUUAUUUCUUCAGUGCUAUUACGGUUCAUUUUAAACUUCACUGCUGACAGUGUUUUCACAGUGUCACCUUUCUGCUGAAGUUUCAGUUUCCCAUUUUUGUUGAUCUGGUUAAUUAUUUCUAAAGAGUUGAAUCUUUGAAACAAAUAGAAGUGUUUCACAUUACAGA